AUGUCUACGCCUACCCCUGCCACCAUCCUCGGCAGCACUGGUCUCACCGGCUCCGAGAAUCUUCACGCCCUCCUCACCUCCUCAAACCCCUUCUCCAUCACCGCCACCCACCACCCGCUACCCCAUCCCUUCCCCCUUCCCCAAAUGCGAACCCCCAAACGCCCAAACAGUCCUCGACGAACGAAUCUAGCCUUCGCUCUUCGAUACUCCCGCCGAUACUGCCCGAAGAAAGCUCGUACAAGAGGGCGAAGUGAGAAGGUGGAUUGGGAGCUCAAUAGGGAUCUUGCUACUAGAGCCAAAGCCGAUGGCGCCAGAACAGCUAUCCUCGUAUCUGGCUCUCACGCAUCCCGCGACUCGUCCUUCUUCUACCUCCGCAUCAAAGGCCAGCUCGAAGAACACUUUACCACCCUCGGCUUCGACCAUGUCGUUAUCCUCAAGCCGGGGAUGUUGCUUGGCCCCAGGGAGAGGGUGGAUUGGGCCGAAAUUGGAUUACAGAAGCUUUUUGGCUGGGCGAGAUGGGCCGGGGUAGGCACGGACGCGUUGGCUGUUGAUGGGAAAGAGUAA